AUGGGCGACCUUCAAGGACGCAAGGUCUUCAAGGUCUUCAACCAAGACUUUGUCGUCGACGAGCGCUAUACGGUUACCAAGGAGCUCGGACAGGGAGCUUACGGUAUUGUUUGUGCUGCCGUGAACAACCAAACCAACGAGGGCGUCGCCAUCAAGAAGGUCACCAAUGUCUUCAGCAAGAAGAUCCUCGCCAAGCGCGCUCUACGCGAGAUCAAGCUACUCCAGCACUUCCGCGGCCACCGCAACAUCACAUGUUUGUACGACAUGGACAUUCCCCGACCCGAUAACUUCAACGAGACAUAUCUGUACGAGGAGCUGAUGGAGUGUGAUUUGGCUGCUAUUAUUCGUUCCGGCCAGCCUCUUACCGACGCCCACUUCCAAUCCUUCAUUUACCAGAUCCUCUGCGGUCUCAAGUACAUCCACUCCGCCAACGUUCUGCACCGAGAUCUUAAGCCCGGAAACCUGCUCGUCAACGCCGACUGCGAGCUCAAGAUUUGCGAUUUCGGUCUUGCCCGAGGUUUCUCGGUUGAUCCCGAGGAGAAUGCUGGAUAUAUGACUGAGUACGUCGCUACUCGAUGGUACCGUGCUCCCGAGAUCAUGUUGAGCUUCCAGAGCUACACCAAAGCGAUUGAUGUGUGGUCUGUUGGCUGCAUUCUCGCUGAACUGCUGGGUGGCCGACCUUUCUUCAAGGGUCGUGACUACGUCGACCAGCUGAACCAGAUCCUGCACAUCCUUGGAACUCCCAACGAGGAGACUCUGUCUCGAAUCGGCUCACCCCGUGCCCAGGAAUACGUCCGCAACCUGCCUUUUAUGCCCAAGAAGCCGUUCCCCAACCUGUUCCCUCAAGCCAACCCUGACGCUCUCGACCUUCUCGACAAGAUGCUCGCCUUCGAUCCUUCAUCCCGUAUCAGUGUAGAGCAGGCCCUCGAGCACCCUUACCUCCAUAUCUGGCACGAUGCCUCAGACGAGCCUGAUUGCCCCACCACCUUCAACUUCGACUUCGAGGUUGUUGAGGAUGUCGGUCAGAUGCGAGGCAUGAUUCUGGAUGAGGUUUCACGAUUCCGACAGAGUGUCCGCACCGCCCCCGGUCAAGGUGGCGCUGCUGGCAUGCAGAACCAGCAAGGUGUUCCCGUGCCUCUGCCCCAGGGCAACAGCCAAUGGACCGCCGAGGACCCCCGACCACAGGAGUACCCUGGCCACGGAAACACAGGACUCGAGCAGGAUCUCCAAGGAGGCAUAGACGCUUCCAGAAGAUAA